AUGCCUCGUAAGUACAAGAGGGCGUUGCAACAACACCAACAACAACGACAUCAUCAUCAUCAUCAUAAUGAAGAAACACCUGAAGAGACGUUUGCGGCCCUUAAUGAGAUGGAGGAGAAUCUCCGACGCCUUGGACUCCGUGAGGAAAGCGGCGCUGCUCCCACAACGGCAACGGCAACCACAACAACAGCAACCGCCGCCUCUACGGGUGGGAGUGUACUGACAAAAGACACACAGGCGUAUCUUGCAUCUAUUAAGAAGGCAAAAGAUGAGGCAACUAGACUACGACACGAAAAAGAAUAUCGUCAAUUUGCAGCAGAAGAGCAGAAACGUGAGAAUGAGUCUAUGCUCACUGUUGUUAAGAAGGAAAAUGCAUUACGAGAUGUAAUUGAAACGGCAGGGCAUUUACUUGAAAGGGAAACACGUUUAGCUAAAGAAGCUAAUGCAAAACGUAUUCAAAAAGUUGGUGGACAAUUAUUUAGAGCAGAAGAGAUUCAAAAGAAAGAGGCUUUACGAGAACGAGUAUAUCAAAUGAUGAAAAAUACUACAGCUUCUUCAUAUGUUCCAUCACAAUUGGUUUUAUUAGGUACUGAAGAGUCAGAAACAUUAAAGCAUAUAUCAAAGGUUAAUGCAGCCGUAGACUAUUGUUAUACCAUUGCUGUUGGUCUGGUAGAAGUAGCCAUGCGAGUAGCAGAUGGAAUGUAUAUUAUUAGUAGUGAAACCGGACUUCCAGUACGGCGGGUUCCACAAGAUCUUAGUGUAACUCAAUGGCAAACAUGGGUGAAUGAGUUUGUAUUUCCACAAACCACUUUAAGACCAAUGAGUGAUUUCCUUACUACAAGCUCACUACGUGAUUUAUGUGAUCCUAACUAUAAGAAUAUAGUAAAUCAAAAAGAAGACGCUUUUUUCGCUUCUAAUACAGGAACAGAUCAAACAAUAAAAGGAGAAUCUGCCGAAAAUACUCGAGAAAAUGGGAAUAAAGAAGAGAAUACUAUAACUGCUGAAAAUAUUAUUGAACGUGUUUCUGCUAUGCAAUAUAAAUAUGAAAAAGCUCAUAUUUCAUCUAGUAUAAUAGAAGCUACUCGUUUAAUAAAAAAUAAUGAAGAAAUGAAACUUCGAUCUGAAUUAGAUAAAGUACGACGUCAACAAGAUUCUCAGUGUCCUGAAGAAGUAGCACCAGGAUGGUUACAUCGUUUACCUCCUGUUGGUUGUUUUGUGUAUGGUGAUGAUUUGAGUGGAUUAAAGGCCCUUGUAGAUAUUGCCAGUAAUGAUGGAAACCACGAUACAACAACAGCCACAUCCCAGAAACGACAGUGGAGUGUUUCUACACCAACCGAAACUGCAAAAGGUGUUAGUGAGUCAGGGAAUAAUUUAGUUGAUAAUAAUAUUCCCUAUCGUGUACUCACGCCAUUUAUGUUAACUCGAAUCCCAACAGGAGGGACAUCUGGACAAGGCUCUGGUGGUCUUGGGGCGACGACGAGUAGUGGCGGUGGGGCUGGCGGCGGUAGUGGUAGUUACUCCCCGGCAGGGACAAAAAUAAAAUGGAAUACAACCAUCUCCUACGCUAGUGGUCGGACCAGAGAUGGUAAACAACAGGUAGAAGAUAUCACAGAAUCUAAACAGUAUAUUGAAGCCUUAACGGAUGCACUCGUAAAGGAACUUAUCACAGUUUAUGUAAACAAUCUACAACUUGUCAUGCGUAGUGAGACAGAGACUGCAGAGGCUUCCACAGGAGCAACAGAGGCAAUGCGUACAUUACUGUUAGUAAACUUUCCGGAAUCUGAAAAUUUUUGGCGUAUAUUACAACAAAAACUUUUAGUGGCUAUAGAAGGUGCAGAACAGGAAAUAAAUAGAAUGCUUAAACUCAAAGAAUUAGGGGAAGAUAUGCAAACACCACCACCCGUACUACUAACCGCAGCUUCACCUCAAGGUUCCUCAAAAGGAAAGUCUGGACAAAAAACAUCUACUUCGCAAGAGGCAUCUAGUGGAGUAGCACGCAAAAAAAGUCCAAGAAGUACAUUAUUAUCCACAGGAAAAAAAGGUGCUAUUCGAACUUCUAUGCCUACGAAUGAAGAAGAGAAUGAACCCCAACGUAAUCGUGUUUAUCCACCUUUAUGUCUUCUUGGAGUUUUUCUUCAAUGUGAUGUCCCUUCACGUUACAGACGAAUGCGAAUGGCGAAUCAAAAUCCUUGCAUGUAUUCUUCCGAUCAAAGAUCUGCAAAGACGUCUACUACCACAUCAGGUGAAGAAGGGGGAGUGGAAUCCUUUGCCGAUUGGUCUAUGAAUAGACUACGUCAUGAACUCAUACAUCAAGAUCGAAAAAUGCGAAGAGUUUUGAAAACGUGGUGUAGUAAUAUUGCUAAGAUACAUAUACCAAGUGAACCUGAUAUCGAAAAACCAAAUGUAGAAAGAUUUAAAAAACGUUCACGAUCAACGGUAAUCCGCAAGGCAAGCGAUCUUGCAGCUAUAAACGCUAUAGCUGCCGCCGCUGCUACUCCUCCUCCAUUAACAUUUCCAAAAGUUCUCUUCUUUAGACGUAAAGAGAAUAUCAGUUCAGCUUCAGAUACAAUAAACCCUGUGGAAAUUCUUAUUAAUGUUUUGAAAAAUCUCUUAAACCCUGCGAAUCGGGGAAUUAUAAGUCAUGAGAGUCUUGUUUCUGGGCAGUUGGUAUCCCCGUUAAGAUUAAGCGAUUAUCGUUUUCCUUCUGCAACACUUAUGCGUUUGGUGGAACUUCAACAACGUUUUCAAAAUCGUUGGAAUGAGUCUACAUCAACGGUUCUCUCCUUAACACCUACAGUCAUGUCUCAGAGCUCCACUGGGGUAACACACUCUACAGGUGGUAAAGAGAGUGAAGUGGCCAUUGAAAAUGCUGUAUUAAUUGAAACAGAAAUGUAUCGAAUAUUUCGUACCUUUUCAACAGACUUAUUAUGGUUUAUGUCAUCUAAUGUAUUCCCACCAUCUCUCUGGACAACAACAACAACAACAACAACAACAACAAUAACCGCCGCAAUAGGAACAGCGACAGCAACAACAACAACAACAACAGCACAACGUUCAGGUAAUAUUCCUGCUCCCAUAAGUGGUAGUAAUGGAGAAUUUUUUAGCCGCACAGUACAUUUUAUUUCAGUAGACAAAAACUAUAAUGACUCACGUGAAUCACUUUAUGGACUUCAAGUAGAAGGAAUGUCUAGAUUAACUGCUACGUGUGCGUUAUUUUUAUAUUGUGUAUUAAAUGUUACCCUAACAUCUUUAGGGAGGGCGUUGGGAAGAUUAUGUUUAUGGGCUCGUGGUCAUAUUGUUUCCAUAUCUCAUGGAAAUAAUGAAAUGGAAAGGGUCGGUGCACCUGGAUCACCAUUUACUGAAGCCGCAAGUGAAGAUAUGAUGUCUGCGCAAAAAAUGUCUCUUACCUCUGAAUCUGCAAUGCAACUCUUUUUGGAUUCUGUACCCCGACUCAGUUUUGCUGAAGUGCAAUCUAUGGUGGAACAGCUAGAUGGUGAGGCGGCAUCUUUUCAAGGAUUUCAACGAACAUUAUGGUCUUAUGCUUCUCGUGUACAUGAAACAGCCUUGGAUUGUUUCCGUAAGUUUGUAAAAAAUGUUUGUAAGGAAUUUGGUGUAGAAGAUUCUGAGAGUUUAGAAGCAAUGGCUUCACCUGUUACAAGAAUCCUAUUAGAACAUCUUUUUGCCUUUUCACCUAUAGAUGAAAAACGUGGAAUUUGUGAUUGUAAUACUUCUACCAUAUCUGUUACCAUGGGAAGAGCGGUAGCUGCUAUUCGAGCCUUACGAAGAUGUUGUACAAUUGCAGGUGUGUGUGCGGCACGCUGGAUUGACUCUAUGUAUGUAACUGCACUUGCUAUUUCGCCUAAUGGGACUUUCCCAGUGGAGUGUAGACCAACCAAUAUUGUAGAUAUCUUCUCACCACCUGAAUUGGUGGAACAGGUAGGUGGGGCACCUCCACCUUCUUUGGCAUUACAACUCCUUUCUACUUUAGCUCCAGCACUGGAUCUUUCUUCAGAUGAGGUGCGGGAUUGUUGGCGAGAGACAGAAUUUGAAGUGAUUCUACAAAACUUUUCCAUUUAUCAAAAGUCUGUACUUGAUGAGGAAGAGUUUAUUCAUUGUAUGAUGCAGGUCCAAUUGAAUGCUCUCUGGAAGUUUCUACCACCUCGUUUACAUAAUGUCGCCGCACGACUUGGUGUCACCUUACCCUUCCCAUCCAAUAUAAGACAACAACAAACUAAAGAAAUGGAAGAAAAAGGUAAAAUGUGUACAAAUUUCAUACAACCAUGGUUUAAACAUCAAAAUGGAGUUGGAAAUACAAAAAUGACAUUUGUAACGGAACGUAUAGCUUCUCAAAUGUUUCAUGCUGCGGUGCAAUCUCAAGAGCAAGAAAUUCCAAAACAACGGUUUAAUACUUCUGUAUCAAGAAUGGAUUCUUCCGUAUCUACAUUUCGAGAUGUAGUAGUGAAUUAUAGGAUUAGAACAUCCUUACUUCAUUUACGUGAGUUCUUUAUUAGUGCUAUUCUUCAACGAUUAUAUUUUGAUGAUUCCUCUGGUUCUUUCACAGAUGUCAUGCAAACAGGUACAUUUCAGGAACCUUCUACAAUGGAAUUACGAACCAUGAUACGGUCUGUUCCACCUGUACUACGGGAACAAGGACCAGGUGAUAUACCAGGCUUUGAUUCAAUCUCUAUGAAGGCAUGGAAACGUAUUAAGUGGUGGACAUUCUUUGAUGAUCCUUCACGUUUAAGUUAUGCGGCAUUUAUUCAACGGUAUAUGCUGCGUAUUCUCACCGUUUGUUUUGGAUUUGUAAAUGGAGAAUUAUGUUCACGUUGUGUACCAUUUCUUCCGGAUGUAUUGUAUGCUGUGGCCGCUACAAAAGGUGCUCAAGCCACGGCGGAGCGUUACUUCCAUUUAUUGGCAGCUUUAAAUACUGUACGAACCAAAAAAUUAAGUCAUUCACAUCAAUCCAAUCGAGCAGGUGCGGCCACACCACCAACACCACCAGCAGAAAUAAUAACAACAGCACCGGCAACACCAACCGUAUCAUUGGAGACAACAGGUCAUUAUAUAAUGGCAGCAGAUGGUCCUUUAAUGGCUUUUGAGUUUACUUUAUCUGUUGAAGAGGCAUUGUUUUUCUUUCAACGUGCGGGUGAAGAGAUUCUACGUGGUCCUUGUGCAAAGGGUUUGGCUCAUGCAUUUCCUAAACAACCGCAGGAUCUACAAAGUGCGGUCUUUUUGGAAGAAACAAAAAAUGGCAGUAGCUAUAAGAAUAAUAAGGAUAUCGAAGAUGAUGAUGACUAUGAAGAUGAUGGAAUGCUUCCUUUAGAGGCAGAACUCACACUAUUGCUGGAAAUUGAGAAACGCACGGCGUUAUCAUUACCACUUCUAUGUGCCACACAUUGGGGACAACAGAUAACACCACGUCUGACAAGAAUUCCUUUCACAGAGAAUGUAAUGGAUAUAAUGCGAAAUAAACGACUCGUUGAUGGAGAAGGAACUACCAGUUCUCAAAUGGCCGAAACCAUCACUAGACCAAGAUCUACUUCAUUUAUUUGA